AUGGCCAGCCUGCAAAUGCAAAACCGGACCCUUUUGAGGAUUAUUGAAAAUUCUAAGAUUAGAUUUCUAUGCCCCCAGUGUCUCAAAGGCUUUCCCCGUUCAGACGCCCUAUACGAACAUUUUCGACGAACCAGCGACAAAAUACAUGAUGGUCUUGACAUGGGGAGAACCAACUUCGGCCGGUUUUUUUCCUGCUACCAAGUAGCUCUUAGGGCCUCUAUCCUCCCAGCGCAACUCCCGUUUGGCGCCAAAUGCUUCGAGUACCGGUUCAUUGUCGAACAUUAUGGAGAAGGCGACGAGAAUCGCCAGAGUACCACAAAAAACGUGAGCAUGGCGGAUUUGGAAAGGAAAAAUGUCACACUUCGAAGGAUCAUACAACAGACAUCAAUUAGAUACCUCUGCCCGAUAUGCCUCAAAGGCUUUCCUCGCCCAGAUACCUUAUAUGAUCACUUUCGGAAAAAGAAAGAUGACACCCAUGAGGGCCUCGGCAUGAGAAGAACCGAUUUCAAGAGGUUCAUUUCAUCCUAUCAAGCGGCACUUGGGGCUUCUAUUCCUGCAGCAGAGUUGCCAUUGGAUAAUAAAUGUUUUGAACUGGAGUAUGUAUUAGAACACCGUGGUCAAGACUCUGAGAAACCCCAUGACACGAUCGCGCCCGGCAUAGACGCUUCGGCUUCACCCGCGUGUGAGUAA